AUGGCUUCCACUCCCUCAUCUUUACCACCCGUCGUACCUGUCGAGCUGAGCGACAUGAGCGCAAACCCAAGCGGUGUCAUGUUACCUCCCAAGCAGGCAACCGUGACCGUUGGCAGGCGGAUGAGUCUGAGUGAGGAAGCUUCUCGUAGGGAUAGUCUAGGGGAUACUAGAGCGUUUUAUGGUUUACACUCCCCUCCCGACGCACAGAGCAUCUCUGGUUCUCUCUCUCGUGCAUUAUCCAAUCAUCGUACUAUCUUAGGUCGUCAACGCUCCAACUCUCGAGCUUCCGCCUCUACCUCUCGACCAGGUUCACCACCUCUACCAAUCUCCCCUUCACGCUCGACCCUCCCUCUACCUAUGCCAAAGGGUUUUCUCAGUCCAAAGAAACCAAAGGCUGCACUCAGACAUGAAGCCCGAGAAGCACGUGAAGCUCAACGUAUGAGCGAACUCGGAUCUGAAAGAGCUUUUUCCCCUAUCUCCGAACCACCACCAUUACCUUCCGCUAGUACACAAGCACAUGAGACACAAUCAGAGGAGACUCAUCGUCAACCUAAUUCUCGGUCUUUGGGAGGUACGAGACAUGCACCUAGUGUGACUGAACAAUCAACAGCUCCUACCACUCAUCCAUUACGAGAUUUGGAAGAAUCAUCAGAUGACUUGAUGGAACACCCAAUCGAUCUUCCAGAUAAAUCAUCCCCGAAGAAACCUAGUAAACCCCAUUCACCCCCAAGACAAGUUCGUCAAAGACAUGCGAGAAGAUAUAGGAGAUACACUACUUUCGAGAAUCCUUUAACGACAUUCUUCUGUGCUGGACAUCUGAUGACCGGAGAUGAUUCACCUGUGAGCGUGCUAAUGGUGGUGGUGUUACUGCUAGGAAUCACUGGAGUGUGGUUGGGGACCACAGGUGUGUGGUUAUGGCAACAUGGAACGGAAUAUGGCUUGGCAAAAGGUGGAGGGAUUGGGAUCGUUGUCGUUUUCAUCUAUCUUUUUGGAAUUACUUCAAGUUCGAUGGUAGCCGCAGCUCUACGGGAUCCAGGAAUCAUUCCCAGAGAUCUUGAUCCUGACCCCCCAAUGUCAUUCACCAGUAGCUGGGGAGAACCUCUAGCAAGGGAAUUCGUCGUCAAGGAUGGGCAAGUGACAAGCAGAUAUUGCGAGACGUGUAAAAGUUAUCGUCCUCCAAGAAGUAGUCACUGUCGUCUUUGCGGUAAUUGUGUCGAUGGCAUAGACCACCAUUGUUCAUACAUUCACACUUGCGUCGGUAAACGUAACUACCUUUCCUUUUUCUCCCUUCUAAUCUUCUCUGCAAUCUCCGCCAUCUAUGUCGUUGUUUUUUCAGCUAUUCAUUUUGCACUUUUGUGUCAUCAUGAUCGUAUCAGCUUUGGUAGAGCUUUGAAAGAAAGUCCCGGAGCGGCAGUGAGCUUCUUACUCGGUCUAGCGGUGUUACCUGGUGUACUCUUUCUAGUAGGGUAUCAUCUUCGUUUGAUCAUACACGGAAUCACCACAGUCGAACAACUUCGAGCCAACACUUCUAAAUCAUUAUUUUCUCUUCGGAACAGACCUGAAAACCCAUUUGCCGCCAAAUCAAUCUGGCAAAACGUUCUCAAUGUUACUUUGGCCAGACCUCAAUUCCCCAGUUGGAUAGAUGCCGCCUCGUGGGAAGUGGAAGAUACUCGGUUAGUCAAUCCCGCUUUGGUAAAUCCUAGAUGGGGUACGGAAGAUGUAUGAAUUGCACAUACUCUUCUCCGUUCUGCCCAUUUUCAUGAUCCCUCAUAUCAUCGGUCCGUACUCGUUUACAUAAUCAACAGUUGGAUAGGAAAGUCCAUACGGUUCUUCAAGCAUCAUGUUUAGGGUUCUAGUAAAAGGUUGUAUUUAUGUUGGCGAUCUAUACCCCUUGCAUUCAUACCUCAUGUUAUAUACAAGUCUUUCAUUUUGCAUGCAUAAUUGACUUCUUUU